CACCGCGUGCGUAACAUCGUUCCUUCCGUAUCGUUUUGUUUUUGCCUGUGGCUCGACCCGACCACCUUGCUCACCCUUUCGUGCGCCCUUUCACCCGUGCAUUCGUCAUCCAAUCGCGAACGUUUAACGUGCUUUCAACGAUUUAAAAAAAAAAAAAAAAUAAAGAACUCGUCGCGAUUUAAAAUUUGACGAUACAGGAUCACGUGUGACGACGCGCGAGUUCCUUGGAACUAGUACGAACAAGCUCAGUGAAAAGGAAACGGGGAUGAAGAAGAGCUUGAAGACGAAGAGGAUGUUGCUUCGACCGUCGUUUCUUCGAUCCGAGCUUGGAGAACGAUCCUGAGGCGAGCGGAUGUGCAAAGAGACGCCAUCGUCGAGGAUAACAACCGACCCGAGGCUCUCCUUCUGCGACUUUCCUGAUUCGACGAUCGCCAGCGAGCUUCCAUGAAGACACCGUAUCUCAGCGACCAUGAAGACUGAUUGCCUGCCAAUAAUUGCCAAGUUCUGGGCAUUGCUGACGCUGUUCGGGCCAACUCGUGAUGUUCGAGCACUCGAUAUACGAUCGUGCAACCAGUCUUUGGGUAUGGAAUCUGGCGACAUACCAGACUCAGCCAUCACGGCAUCCUCUUCGUACGUGACGAACGUUGGUCCACGAAAUGGCAGGCUGCGAAAGGAGACCGCAGGCGGUGCUUGGUGCCCGAAGAGCCAGAUAGAGAGAGGAAUUCGUGAGUGGUUGCAAGUGGAUCUUUCCGGACCUCACGUGAUCACCGGCGUACAGAGUCAGGGUCGUUACGAUCACGGCCGUGGCCAGGAAUACGUGGAGGAGUACACCCUGGAGUAUCGACGUCCCGGCUUCAGCGAGUGGCGGCGAUAUAAGCGCUGGGAUAACAAGGAGGUGCUGGCUGGAAACAGCGACACCUCGACCGUGGUGUCGCAUCGAUUGAUACCACCGAUCUUCGCCAGUCAAAUUCGAAUUUUGCCUCAUUCGGAACAUAGACGCACCGUUUGCCUUCGAAUAGAGCUGAGAGGAUGUCGGGACACGAAUGGUGUCGUGAGUUAUACCAUACCCGAUUCACCGACACCAGAGCUGAGCGACAUCUCGUACGAUGGUAAAAGGCAAGACAACUUGUUGACCGAUGGUUUGGGCCGGCUGAUCGAUGGCGAGGUCGGCGCGGAUAAUUACAGACUGGACAUGGGAGAUGGAAGAGGUACUGGUUGGAUAGCAUGGAUGCGAGACACCUUCGAGGACGAUUACGUGGAGCUGGUGUUCGAAUUUGAAGUGACCUGGAUCUUCGAGGCGGUGCACAUUUAUACCAACAAUUAUUUCUCGAGAGAUGUGCAGGUAUUCUCUAAAGCAGACGUCUGGUUCAGUCUGGAUGGUGAAACUUACGAAGAGGAGCCAUUGUCCUAUUCUUACAUCCCGGAUAUCGUGCUGGAAAAUGCAAGGAACGUAUCCAUAGUUCUACACGAACGUCGUGCAAAAUUUCUCAAAAUACAUUUGUAUUUUGCGGCUCGGUGGAUUAUGAUCAGCGAGGUGACAUUCGAUGGAACGAAUCCCUAUGAAAAUACCACCGAAGAGUCAGCGUCCGAGUUCAGCAACGGUGAAAUUCCGAUGAACCCCGAGGUGGAUCUUAACUUGCAAACAAUUACAGCAGCGGGAGAGGGUCAGGAAUAUUUAGAGGUACUAAUAGGUGUUCUGACUGCCAUUAUCCUGCUCCUUCUGUUGGUGUUCGUCAUUAUUCUGCUUCUGAAUCGACGUCAAAAACUACAGAGCUCGCCGACCGUGUUGAAAAAUCCAUUUGGAUUCGCCAUAAACAUGAAGGGUCUUCUCUUGAAUUUAACCCCUGGCGGAAUGCUGACAGAGACUGCCAAUCACGUUUCGCCGGACAUACCGGAAGACGGAAGCAUGCACGAGUCUUUGACAAUGGAACAAUUCAAUUCGCCCCUCGUCAGUCCGCAGUAUAAAUCUACGUACGCGAUCGUGGCCACUUCCGAAUCCCCAAAGGAUCUGAAGGACAUGAAUGGCUCAGAGGAGAACGUCCGACUGGAUCCCAGACCGGAAUCCACCAUUGGUCCAACGAGCUGUUCCUCGUCGCCAACAAACUCUCCUGCACGACAUUCGCAGCACUAUAGGACCCUUCAAAGUUACACCAGUCCAACUGCGAAACUCAAUAUCGCAGCCUCGUCUAAUCACCAACGGGACGUCGAUCAGAUCCACUCUAAACGCUGGCAUACAGCGCCCAAAGAGAAACACAAGAUACCUGCACCUGUCGUCAGUUGGAACAUCGCGCCUAGCAUGAACAAACCAUACAAAUGCAAGGAAAUAGAGCCCACAAAUAUACCACGACAGUGCCUACGUACCACAGAGAAGCUUGGAUCGAGGGCCAUCGGCGAGGCGAUAGUUUGCGAGACUGUCGGACUGGAGGACGUGGUACCGGAUGCUCCGAGACUCGUCGUGGCUCGCGUGCCGACCUGCACCAGCGACAUUCGAGCCGGUAGUACGACGGAACAAAUGAGGGAAGUCCGAUUUCUGUCCAGUCUAUCCGAUCCGAACGUGGCUCGGAUCCUUGGAGUGUGUACGAUGGAUCCAGUACCAUGGACGAUCAUCGAGUACACGGAACUCGGUGAUCUAGCCCAUUAUCUUCAGUACAGUGUGCCACUUACGGGAACGCUUAGGCCGAGCUGCAAUUUGAAAGCCCUUAGUCAAAGUUGCCUGCUGUACAUGGGGACACAGAUAGCAUCGGGCAUGAGGUUCCUCGAGUGUAAGAAUCUGGUGCACAAGGACCUGGCAGCCAGGAACUGUCUAGUGGGCCGUUCUUACACCGUGAAAGUGACCGACAUAGCGAUGUGCAGUGACCUUUAUAAGAAGGAUUACAGUGACAUAGGCGGCAGACCGCCGGCGCCAAUCAGAUGGUUGCCGUGGGAAAGCAUCCUGUUGGACAGGUACACUUGCUCCAGCAGCGUAUGGUCGUUCGCUGUUACUCUUUGGGAAGUGAUGAGUUUGGCUAGAGAGAAACCGUUUCAACAUCUGACCAAUGAUCAAGUCAUACAAAAUGCCGAGCACAUGUAUUAUGGAGCUGAGUUACAAGUAUAUCUUCCCAAGCCUACGAUGUGCCCAGAAGAGGUCUACAGAAUGAUGUGUUCUUGUUGGCGAAGGGACGAGACCUCGAGACCGACGUUCAAAGACAUUUACACGUUCCUGAAGAGCAUAAUCGCGGACUAUCGACCUGGUGCAUAAAACGAUCCCAGUUAACUGUGAUACAACGGACAAAAAAAAAAAAAAGAAACGAUGCCCUUCUAACUUCUUCCAUCGAAGAAGCUCAAUCACUCGAGUUGAUCUGUUCGAAAGUGUACAAUCGUUAGUUUUAACGCGAGUUUCUCUAUCUUGAAAGAGAAUCGAACGAGAAAUUUCACGCGACUCUUUCUGUUCUCGAUCAUUAAUCUCUGACUAAGCUGUUCAAGAUGAAACGAGAGAAAAUUGUAUUUCCCUGAAAUCUGAUGACUUUCCGCUUUUCGACGAACACCUCUACGUCGAUCCUCGAUAUUUUCUAGUCAACUCGAUCAUUCGAUUCCUACGAGAGUGCUAACCUGUCGUGUACAGUAUCCUGGACGCUACGAUGUCGUGCACUGAUUAAGUCUAUCCACUUGUAAAUACGAGUCUAGAUACCGAUGCUAGAUGAACGAGAGGAAUUUUUCAUGCCAGCUGGUAAAUUGAUUCGAGGAUUUGCAAUCAUGGAUCAAACAAUUUUGUUAUUAUUUCCUUUACUGUGAAAAGAAUUUAGGAUUUGCAGGAGCAAUUUUAUUAUUUCUUUCCUAUUGCAGAUCUCACCUAUGAAUAACACAUAUCUCCAUAUUGAUUCAGAUGAAAUCGUUUCGAAAUACCAGCUACAGAGAAAAUUUCUACUUACUUGUACAUUCAAAGCCCGUCGUACGUAGUAAAGUACUUAUAUCGUUCCAUUGUGUAUUCCUUUCCGUUCGAAAAAAAAAAAAAAGAAUUCACCGUCGUUAUAGCGGGCGUAGAUUCGAAACCUGAAUUCUCGCGAGAACGUAAUAAUCGUCACGCUCUUUCCUUUGAUUUACCAUUUAAGGACAGACAAAAAGGAUCAUCGAGGAGAACCCAGCGAUCGUUGAAUCGUCGCGCUUCGAGAGGAACCGAUCCAUGUUUUUAGGCUGCGUUAUUCGAGGCCCUCCGAAAAAAAAAAAAUUGCGAACGAACGUUUGAACGACAAGAAAUCGACCUGUCAGAUGGUUAAUCCAGUCAAAACCAAAUGUGAAUCACGUUGACAUGAAUCGUUGCUAACUGUUCACAGUUUUGGGACACAGAGAAAGGUGUAUAUACUUAUACGUAUAGAUUCGCUGUUGGUAAAGUGCCAAAAAGAGUCAGCCGUUCAAACGUUCACCUCUGCACGCAUCUUUUCUGUAAUUCUUAAGAUGGAUCCAAGUAUACGUUGAAAUGAUUAACAAAUAAAGUACUGAGUGUUC